GGGAGGGGCUGUGGGCGCUCGUGUGGGCUCGGCGCUCGUCAUGGCCAAGCCGCGGGUGAUCAUCCAUGCCGACCUGGAUGCUUUUUACACGCAAGUGGAGCGCCAGCGUCACCCGGAAUUGAAGGACCGCCCCCUUGCCGUACAACAAUGGUCGGGGCUGAUUGCCAUCGAUUACAAGUGCAAAGCUGCGGGUAUUGGCCGCCAUUCGACGGUGGAAGAGGCUCGCAAAAUCCUUCCGGACCUGGCUUGUGUACAUGUGGAUGUCAUCAAUCAAAAGGCUUCUCUCGAACCUUAUCGUCAGGCCUCCCGAGACAUCAUGGCAGUCAUGGAGCAGUACGGAACAUUUGAGCGCGCCUCCAUUGACGAAGCCUAUUUUGAUGUCACCCAAGAAGCCCAACAACGCGAAGCCCAAACACCCGCCACCCAGCUUUGUCGGCAUUACGCUGACCUGACCCUUCUCCAGCGAGGUGCGGUGGAACUGCGCGCUGAUCUCACAUUGGAGGAUUGGUUACGUGUGGCCAUGGCCAGCACGCACGUCAUGGGCUAUGCACCGGAUGAUGGGCCAGAUGAUCACCUUGGCUUUGGCUGGCUUCCCAAGUCCGAGGAGGAUGCCCUACUGUUUCACGGUGCCAUGAUUGCCGCCGAGAUCCGUUUUCGCGUCUUUGAGGAGACGGGCUAUGUUUGCAGUGCCGGCAUUGCCCACAACAAGCUCUUUGCGAAAAUGGGAAGUGGCUUCAACAAGCCGAGUCAGCAAACCCUGUAUCCCCGCGCUAGUUCUGGGGAUCAGCAAUAUCGGCAAGCCGGUGAGCGGCUCCUGGUAGCAGAUUGUCUCGGCCUGAGCCUGGCAGAGCUGCGUACAGAGUUUAGCAGUGAAACCGCGGCCUGGCUUCACGGUCUUUUAAGAGGACACGACAGCCGUGCCGUGGCGAGCAAGGGCCCACCGCGCAGCCUGCUAGAAGCCAAGUCUAUCACAGGCCAGGCAACUCAACUGAUUGUGGUUGAGUACUGGAUCAACAACCUGUGCCAUGGAUUGGCGCGGCGCAUCUUGGAUGAUGCGCGGCGUCACAAUCGCUGGCCCAAAAACUAUGUCUUGCAAUUCAAGCGACGUGCAGAUCGCACCUACUUUGGCGCUUCGCGCUCUUGCGGUCCGGUGCCACAUAUCACCCGUGACAUGGUGCGCCACGCCCAGGCCAACCCCGAAGAAGGCCGUGUUCAGGCUGAUAUAACCGAGGGCCGGGAAUUGUCUGGAGUGGCCGCCGGCGCCCGCAAAGACGUGCCACUAACUCCGGAAGAACAAGCUCUUGCCGUGGCUCUCCGCCGUGGAGCGAUGGUAGUCUUUCAGCGUGAGGUGGGCUCCGCCAACUUUUCAGUCAAUCGAUUUGCCCUCUCUGCCACCUUUGAUGUCAGCGCUACGGCCAAAGCCGUGCAGAGCGGAAAGCAGCAUCAGCUUUCGGCAUUCUUUGGAGCGGCAACGAGAUCGUCGAGCACAAUGGGACCCAAUCAGGACGACCGCGGAGCUGCUCAGGAAGGUGAAGGCGAUGGCGCGAUCGAAAGCGAUGGCGUCAGCAAGGUUAAUGUCCUCGAUGACCCCUCUGAGGAUGAACGAGACGAUGAUGAGGCGGGUUCUAACGGCCGCCAGGAGCUGCCCGACAGCAGGGCCAGCGUUUCUUCGCAUGCAGCGCGUGCCGCAGACACUCAAGAGGAUGCAAAGCCACCCAACCAAGAGUCUGCUUGCUGCGAGCCAGCACGUGAGCUUACCUCCCCGCCCCUCUUUGCUCAACGGGCCUUUGCCCCGUCUGCUCGUGAACUUGUUCACACCGUGGCUCGUGAGCAUCGUUCGAGCCCACCGCUCUUAAGCACUCCACCAACCUUAGCUGCUGCCUCGGCGACUACACCUGCUGCGGCCAACAACCUGGGCUUGACCGUGAGCGCCCCAAAUUUUGUCUGCCCCAUGUGCCCACAGGGCUUUUCCACCCUCGAAGCCCUCUCGCGUCAUGUCAACCACCAUUUAGAUGAGCAAGAAGCGGAUGAUCAAGCACAGGGGAGCAUCGCAAACGAGCACAGAGGGUCAGAACAGGCGCCGCCCGCGCUGGCAUCAGCUCGGUCGCCGCACAAAUCUGCCCGUCGAAAGAAGCCCAAGCAGCAGUCUCAGGCAGCCAAGAAGAGGCCCAAGGUCAUGAGCAUUGAUCGCUUUUUCAAAAAAGCGUAACCGCAUCCUCACCCGAAACGCGUUUGCCCACCCACAUGGCUGGGAUGGAGGAUGAGUGGACCACACACACCGCUGCGCGGUUAAAUUCGGUUCCACCGGUCAAAAGAACUCAAAUUGAGCUUUGCCAAAUGC